ACUGAUGUAGUAGUAGUAGUAGUAGUCGACGCCGCCGUCGCCCGUCCGACAGUCGCCGUUCUACAUAGCUGGACGUCUCUCGUUCGCCGUUGUCCGUCCUCUUCGCGCAUCGCGAUCUGCGUUGUGUUGUCCUCCUCGAGCGUGCGUGUUCGUUCUCUUUGCAAUAUUUUCGGCACUGGGUCACGGGUUCCGGCCGGUCCACACAGAUUGUUUCCGAUCACCCACCGUCGUCUCGUCUGCGACGGCCAGUGGAUUACACGCGUUGUCGGACUUUCAAAAAGCGGUCCGAUUCGCCUCCCGGUGCGGAUGGACUGACACGCAGUGUGGAAAUCGCAGUGGAGACCAUCUACGAUAUGGACAGAACUUUAUGGAAGAAUUCAAUAACUUCAUACGCCGGGUGGUUUACUAACUCAUUACGCCGACGAAGAUCCAUAUUAUUUGGACUUAUACUCAGCAUUCUUCUUUUUGUAGUAUGUGUACAAUACAACGCGUCUAAUGAUAUAGGUAUCCAAAACAUCCAAAACACCUUAGUAAUGUCUGAGUCUGAUGCUGAUGAACAACCCUUGAAUAAACAUCAACCACCAGCGCCAAUUUCGGGUACGGUUAGAAAAAUGAAAAAAGAAGAAGAUGUUAAUUUCAUUGAAGAACUGCAGGAGCCAGCCCGUAAAAGUCGCCGGAUACAAAUCAAUGAACCGCAACAAUCACUACCGUAUGUGCCUCCCCAACGAUUAGUGCAUAUCGAUUUCAAAGGAGCGCCGCCCAAGCUGAGUUACCUUCAAAAACUUUUCCCUUUGAUAAAAAGAUUCGGUGGUACUGGUCUUUUGCUCGAAUGGGAGGACAUGUUUCCUUGGAGUGGAAGUCUAUCUCCAAUAGCUGCCGGAAACGCGUAUUCAAAAGCAGAAAUUAGAGAAAUAUUAAAAAUGGCCGCGUUGAACGGACUGGAAGUAAUCCCGCUAAUACAAACGUUUGGUCACGUGGAGUUUGCAUUGAAACUACCGGAUUUCGCCCACCUGAGAGAAGUUCAAGAGUCACCACAAGCACUCUGCCCAUCGUACAACGCUUCGAUGAAGUUUGUCGAACAAAUGGUCGACCAAAUCCUCGAGAUUCACGGAAAUGUUAACUACUUGCAUAUUGGCUGUGACGAAGUGUUCCACAUGGGAGAAUGUUUCAGGUGCAGGGCGAAAGCCAGAGAAGAUUUGUUCUUGUCACAUGUCAAGCAAGUAGCUACCUAUGUACGCACAAAAUCCCCCAAUACGAUUCCUAUUAUAUGGGAUGACAUGCUGAGACAUUUACCGGUAGCCACAAUGCAACUAUACGACAUUGGGAAAUUAGUGGAGCCGAUGGUGUGGGUGUACGCUGAGGACGUGUAUAGAUUUGUGAUGCAAAGUGUUUGGGAAAAGUAUCAAAUAGUAUUCCCGAAUGCGUGGACAGCUAGCGCUUUCAAAGGGGCAUUUGGAGAAACUCUAUACAUUCCAAACGUUAAGAGACAUUUAGAAAACAAUUUAAAUUGGUUACAAUUGAUGUCCAACGAAAAUAGUCGGUUUACGGGUGGUUUCAAAGGAAUCGUCAUAACUGGUUGGCAGAGAUAUGAUCAUUUUGCUGUCCUAUGCGAGGUCCUACCGUCAUCCAUACCAUCGAUGGUCGUUAAUCUUUUGGCAACUACAAAUGGCUACAUGAACCAGUCGCUGCAAACCGAUUUGAACGAAGGACUCAACUGUGGUAUUUUUGGCCACAACAACGAAUAUGACGGAGAUUUCUUAAACUUAAAUAACGAUCCUCAUCUUUGGGAUCAGUUUUCGAGAUGCACAUUUCCCGGGAAUACAUUUUUCAGGUUGCUGUAUAGAUUACACACAAUUGAAAUAGACUACAAUGAUUUUAUAUUGGUGACCACAAAGAAUCGUGGAUGGAUGACUAGCUACAACGUAGAACAUGAAUUUUCAUCUCCACUUCGUGUCGACGAACUCAUGAAUGAUCAUUCACGUAUAUACCGAUCACUUUUAUCGAUGGUUAGACCUUUUCAGGAAUCCAUGACUGGGAUCUUUGAUAAAUAUACCAUAUCAGAAUGGAUAGAACAAAGAGUUUAUCCAAUGAUUAAAGAACUGGAAAAAAUACACAAUGAAGCACGUGACUUAAAAGCAAAAAAGACAUGGCCUAAAAGACCACUUCCUAUGUUGAAAGAAUUAUUAAGGAUUGGAGUUACUGAACGUGAACUUUCUACACCAUCCAACGAAGGAACGUAAAAAUGUUAUAACUUUAAUUUGACUGUUUUGUGAACUAGGCAUUAAAAAUAAGUCUUGUAGAUAAAACUAAUUAAUUCUACAAGUAUAUACGAGACUUCAAGACAUGGUAUAAGUUGACAAAGUUCAGGGUUAUGUGUGAACUGCAUUUCAUAAGGGUAUUAUCGUAAUAUAAGUGAUACUUAGUAAAAUGAUUGAUUAAGUUUGUGCCACCAAGUGUUAGGUUUUGGUCUCUGUAGGAUAUGUGCAAUUUAGUAAAACAAUACAGUAUAUUAAUUAUAAAAAAAAAAAUACUAUGUAAAUAUAAACUGAC